AUGCUGGCUUUCUGUUCAGAAGCAGCCCAGCGGCAAACCACAGCAGUGGCAAAGCAGAAGCGGAAAUCAGAUACCCUUGACCUGGAAACACUGUGGGCCGCUGCUGGGUGCCUGCUCCCCACAGGAGGCUCCAUCUUGGGACCAGAGCUUCCAGAGUGCACCAGAAUGACCGAGGACCUUAGUGUAGAAGAGAAUGGUGUCGGCCACGGGUAUUCUGAGAGCCUGUCGCAGCUCAGGGAGUAUCUCGCCCAACCAUCAGCUGACCACACUUCAUCGUCAGAGAGUCCCGUGACGUCGAGUGAUUCUGGGUCAGACAUUUCACACAUGCCUUCUGGCGACCCUGACUGCAAAUUUCUCUGUGAGAAGGAGGAAGCAGGCCCAGCCCCUGCCAUGCCAGGUACGCACACCGUCGAGGGCAACUUCAAGCAAGCCCCUCUGUGGCACCACCAGCCCGGCUCCCGAGGAUGCCGCACGCCGAGCCGCUGCGAGCGCAGCCAUGGCUGCGUCACACCUGUGAGGGUAGUGUGUAACAGCAGUGGGCGGAAUGGGCUCUUAGGUGUUACCUAUUUUAAUCGGCUACUUUGUUUUUUCUCAGGAGCUGAGGCUUCCACGGCUGCCAAAGCAUCUGUGAGGCUGGUUAACUUUCAGCAGAGUGAGAACACUUCAGCUAAUGAGAAGGAGGUGGAGGCAGAAUUUCUCAGGCUGUCUCUGGGGCUUAAGUGUGACUGGUUCACGUUGGAGAAGAGAGUGAAGCUUGAGGAGAGGUCCCGGGACCUGGCCGAGGAAAACUUGAAGAAAGAAGUCACAAACUGUUUAAAGCUUUUAGAGUCACUGACUCCCCUGUGUGAAGAGGACAACCAGGCUCAGGAAAUCAUCAAGAAGCUAGAAAAGAGCAUAAUGUUUCUCAGCCAGUGCACAACACGUGUGGCUAGCAGGGCUGAGAUGCUGGGAGCCAUCAACCAGGAAAGCCGAGUGAGUAAAGCAGUAGAAGUGAUGAUUCAGCACGUGGAGAACUUGAAGAGGAUGUACGCCAAAGAGCAUGCUGAGCUGGAGGAGCUGAGGCAGGCUCUGCUGCACAAUGAGAGGUCCUUUAACUCUCUGGAGGACGAAGAUGACUGUCAGAUUAAAAAACGUUCAUCUUCUCUAAAUUCCAAGCCGUCUUCCCUCCGGAGAGUGACCAUCGCCUCUUUACCCAGGAAUCUCGGGAAUGUGGCCAUGGUGUCUGGGAUGGAGAAUAGUGAUAGAUUCAGUCGGCGGCCGAGCAGCUGGAGAAUUUUGGGGACAGAGCAGAGUGAGCACCGGCCCUCGCUACACCGGUUCAUUAGCACCUAUGCCUGGGCAGACGCUGAGGAUGAGAAGCGUGACAAAACCAGGGACACCCCAGAACAAGCAGGAGAAGAGGCUGUGGAGAGGGCCAGGAAGCCCAGCCUUUCUGAUAGGAGAAGCAGCCUGGCAACUUGGGACAUCAGCACAGUCUGCGGCUCCGUGGCUUCCUGGGUCGCUCGCCUGCAGGCGUCCUUCCCAAGGUUCAACAGAGUGCUAUGGCUCUCUGUGGUCUUCACUGUACUGUGUGCAGCACUGGUGAGCUUCCUCACAAGCCAGCUCUUCCAGACAGCUGUGGAGGCUGCGCCCGCACAGGAAGGGGACACCUGGAUGUCUCUAGAACAGGUCUUAUGGCCGCUUACUGGACUCAGGCACAAUGGGCCCCCGCCACUGUGAUGGUCCUGCUUGACUUUAGCAUUUCCCUCUGAGAUUUGUGACUUUCUCGUGUUUUAGUGCAAGACUAGGGGACUCAGAACAGCUGGGACAGUUUAAUCC